AUCUCUUUCUCUCUCCCACAGUGUCACUUCAGAAAUCGGAACUCAUCUCUGGAUUUCAAUUUCUUCUGAAUCGUCGAUUACCUCUUAAUCGGUGAUAUCUGGAAAUCGAAGUUCAACAGAAAUGCUUCUCGGCGACGGAGGCGAAACUCCCUCAAGGUAUGAAUUAUUGAGCAUGGUGAAGAAGCACUCCAAUUUGAUAGGGAAAACGGUUGUUGAGGAGCAGGAUGCUGCUGAUGUCGAAAUGGAUAUGAGGUUUUGGCAUGAUGUAUUUGAUUUGUAUUUCGUCCGUGGCAAGGAAUCUAGGGGACGCCAAGACGAUGAUCUCGUUUUCUUUGUCAGAAAAUUGGGUUCAGGUUCCUAUAAUGAUUCAGAGACUGUUGAUCCUUAUUUUGUACGCAGGUGGGCUCCUGAGUUGAGCAACUUAGUUGACGAAACUUCUGUAGAUGUGGAUUGGAGGCGUUCAUUUUACUUGAAUUUAAUUGCUCAUACAUCAUUUAGUGUAACUGUUGCAAUUUGCAGUCACCAGGUUCUUCAGAAACACCAAGUUGCGCAGGAUGCACCUUUAUCUCCUAUAUAUAAGGUUGUGAAAACUGUUUAUGCAUCUCCAAGUCGCGUAAAUUUUCAAUUGGACUCUAAGAAGGCAAGUGUGCUUAUCCCUUUUAUAUAUCUUUGGGAGAAAGAAGGAAUACUAUCUUUCAAAAACAUUCGUAUUUUAUUGACAACAACACUGAACUGUAUACAGGAAGUGGAAACGUCACCUGCUUAUCCAGAUAUAUGUUUUGCAAUUGAUGAUUUUGACUCCACCUUUGAUGCUGUGGUUUUGUCUGAAAAAGAUCAUUGCUAUUGUGUAGUCCUUAACGCACAUGACGGAGCAGCAUUUCCUAGUCAAAAGGUGUCAAAUGAUUGCAGUACUAGUGAUAACUCCUCCCCGGAAGUUUGUACUAGUUCUACUAAGAGAAAAGAUACCAAGCUGACCCUUUUCUCAGGAUUUGUCAGCUAUCAGAUGGUUCGAGAUGCAUAUGAUGCUGGUAAAUCUCGAUUUGGGAGCCUUUUAUCAGGAGGCAAUUAUCCUGGAAAAACAGACAGGAUUUACAUGAGAGGACCUGGAGGCCGAGGGGAAGUUGAAGUAGCCGUUUCUGGUGUUACAGAUCAAAGCCAGCAGGACUCAGAUCCAUCUUCUCCAGUUAUAUCAAAGAAAGGGUUUGGGCUCGGUGUAAUUGCCCGCAGAGCAGCAUCCGUUGCAUCAGUAGCAGCAAGACAUGCUUAUGCAGCUGCUUCUGCCUCUAGCUCAAAUUUUGAUGAAAUGAUACCCUUGAAAUGUAGCUUAAUGUCCAUAUCGUUGCCCUGGGAACAUAUAGCACAUGAUCUUCUGUUUAAGGGAGCUCCUCCGGUAAACAUGUGACCAUUUGAUGAAUCUCUCCGGCGCAAUGAAAAUCAAAAUGAAUCUGACGUCAUGGAGCACACCAUUUCUCGUGGGAUGAAAUUCAUUUCUUUUUUCGCUUUUGGUGCAUGUUGCACUUUCAUGAAUAGAAGUGUACAUAUUAGUGUUGGGUUGAUUAAGAUAAACUGAGGUUUUCUGCUAAUUGUUUGUCAUUCUAAGCCAACUGCCCAUAGAAGAUAAAUGAAAGAAACUAGCCUCGGGUCUGCUGAAUUGCACACACACACCGAGCAACUCCUCUAGAAAAUAGUGUUUAAUACAAGGGACAAGUGGAUGAAUUUCUUUGUAAAAAAGAAUUUGAUUGCUUUUUAUAUUUUUUAUUCUUUGAGAUAGAACAUACUUUUAGUCUACUAUAAAUUAUAACUUCA